AAUUCAUAUCCGUAUAGAGCUGUGUUUUUCCGGUGAACUGCAAAAAUGGCGGCAAAUUCCGAGAAUACAGGGGUUAGAUCGUUUCAGCUUUUUCAAUCAGCUGAUGAGAGCAGGAAUAAACCCAAUAAUGGAGGAUUAGGGUUUUUGAAUUUCCCAGAAACCCCUCUUCCCCCUUGUGUAGAAGUACUCCCUUCUGAGGUUUCUGCUUCUGUUAAGUAUACUGUGGAGAAGGUUGAUUUGGGGGUUGUUACUUUGCUCAAGGGUCGGGUGAGUACACAAGAGGUUUUUGCAUUGCCAAACUCUGAUUUAGUUCCUGGAAAAUAUGAAGGAGGCCUUAAACUCUGGGAAGGCUCGCUUGAUUUGGUGAAAACUCUCCAUUCAGAGAUUCAAAAAGGGGAUUUAUCAUUUGAAGGGAAGAGAGUCUUAGAGCUUGGAUGUGGCCAUGGGCUUCCUGGAAUUUUUGCCUCCCUCAAGGGUGCAGGUUCCAUUCAUUUUCAGGAUUUCAAUUUAGAGGUCUUAAAAUGUCUCACUCUUCCAAACGUGAAUGCAAAUCUUCCGUCAGGAACUAGUAUUGCUGAUAAUUGUGAAAUUCGUUAUUUUGCUGGUGAUUGGAGAGAAGUGGAUCGAAUUCUUCCACAUGCUCACCCAGACAGUAUUAAUGCCACAUCGUCUGAUGACAAUCCAAAUACAGGAUAUGAUAUGAUUUUAAUGGCUGAGACUGUUUAUUCUAUCUCCACUCUACAGAGCCUUUACAAUCUUAUUAAAAAAUGUGUCAGCCAUCCACACGGUGUUAUCUAUUUUUCUGCAAAGAAGCAUUAUUUUGGAGUAGGUGGAGGAUCAAGGCAAUUCGUAUCUAUUGUGGAGAAAGACGGUAUGAUGUUAGCCAGCUUAAUUGCUGAAGUGGCUGAUGGCUCAUCAAAUCUCAGAGAAGUUUGGAAACUAUCUUGCAAGUGAGCAUACAAUUUGAGUAUUUCAGUUUGAUGCUGGAACUAACCCUCAUAAACGACUGGACCAAGUGAUCAACUAUUGAGAAGAAAGAAUUGAGGGGAUCUAAUCCUUGUGGCUGUUGCUUUCUGGUUUUGCUGCAAAAACAUUCUUGAAGCAUGCUAAUAGUUCUGAUCUUUGUUGUCAACAUGUAUGCCUUAUAUGAUACGUCUUUUUUAUUGAAGGGCCUUUCUUUUUGUUCCUGCCAUGUAGGUGUAAUACAAAUGUUCAGGAACUGUUUGAGCUUAUAAAUUGGAGUUUUUAUAAGUUGAAUGGGGUUAUGUUUCCGAAGUUCCCUUCAGUUUUUUUACUCAUAUUCUUUACCAGAACAGAACAAUCUUAGAGGUAGAGAAUUUAUCAGUAAGCAUUGUUACUUGUAUUUUUUUUUGAAGGGAAACGAAGAGUCUAGAUUUUACCUGACUCAAAAA